ACCCUGCUCGCUUUAUAUAGUUGCGUCUGUUGCCGGUGUCAUGUCUGCUCUCUUGCUGAACGCGUGGUAGCGAUUGUUGCCCAUUUUCUUCUAUUUCGAUUCUGAGAAGUUAUUCUGGAAAUGGCAGAAAUGGUCCAAGAAAAGAGUACAGGACUAAAAUUCGCAGAGGAGCAGCUUCUGCGACACGGAUGGGAAAAAGGUAAAGGUCUGGGAAGAUCAGAGAAUGGCAUCUCAGAAGCUAUUAAAGUCAAAAUUAAAUGUGGUAAAGGAGGGAUGGGCCAUAAGGAAGGUGAGCAGUUCAGUUUCCACUGGUGGGACCAUGUUUUUAACAAGGCCUCGUCAGGUCUGGUUGUGGAAUCAGGGCAGAACGGUGUGGUGGUGAAGUCAGAUGACAGCAAUGAUGGUUUGAUCUCCAACAAGAGGCCACGCAAGGCUCAGCAAGCCAAGUCCAUGCUCUAUGGGUGCUUUGUCAAGUCAGCUACACUGCUGUCGGGUGAGGAGAAGCCAGAAAAGAUCUCUGAUUCAGAUGACAGCAGCAGCGGUCCUGAAGAUGAGGACCAGAAACUGGAUCUGUCCUGCACGACCAAACUAUCAGAUGCAGAUCUGAUGAAAGCUUGCGGAGGACGAACAGCACACAAAGGAGCCAGACAUGGACUCACUAUGAGCGCCAAACUGGCCCGGCUUGAGCAGCAGGAGCAAGAGUUCAUGAACAGGUAUGGUAAGAAGAGCCACACUGCUGAAACAUCCACAAGCAGCACAGAUUGUCUAAAUCCUGAGGGACGUCCAGAUAUGAAAGAGAAAGCAAAACGCAAGAAAUCAAAAAGGCAGGAGGAACCAUCAGAGAAUGACAUCCAUGAAGAUAAGAUAACAACACACAUCCUUUCAAGUAAUGAUACUGAGGACUGCAAACCCAAAAAGAGGAAAGACUUUAAUGGUGCUUCCGUGAACGACGAUAUGAUCGCAGAUACAAAGAAGAAGAAAAAGAGAAAUCGCAAAGAAAAAGAAGCACCUGAGGAUUGUGUUUAUGGAGACUGCAGCGUAGACAUGAACGAGGCAUUCACACACACAUCAGAAGAGCGAGACACACACCUGCCGAUGGAUGACUGCACACACAAGAAGAAGAAAAAGAAAAAACGGUCCAAGGUGGAUGAUGAGACGGCCGACAUAGAUGAGAUCAGUGAGGAUUCCACGGACACACAGAACAAACAGCCACAGGAGGGCAGUACUGAACAUCAACGAGCAUCUGACAGUGCCUCCAGAAAGAAAAAGAAGAAAAAUAAAUCCUCUAUGGAGCACUAUGAAGAUGUGGAUAACUCAACUACCAUGAUGACAGUAACAGAGGACACUAGCAACGAAGGACAGGAGAACGACAGGAAGAAAAACAAAAAAAAGAAACAAAGCAAAAAGGAGGAGCAGGAGGUGGUAGAAAAUGUGCAGUUUGAGGAGUCUGUGCCAAAAAAAAAGAGAAAAAAGAGCAAAGAGUGAACUUGCAUGCUUCUAAACUCACUACAAACACAAGCUGGUCAGAAUCUGGGCUGAUGCUGAAAUGCUAGGAUCAGUUCUCCAGUAUCAGACUGAACUGUUCAGAUUUGUUAUGCAGCACUCGUAUUAAUUCUUACGAGUCAUGGUUGAUUUUUGACAUGAAAUGUUUUUAAUAGACUGAUUUGUGUAAUGCAUAUUAAAUAGCAUAUCCACAAUGACAAAAAUGUGAUGAAAUGUGGACAGCUUGAAGUGAUUUGUGUGGAACUUGAAACAUUGCUAACAAGUCAGACAUCAACUGAA